UUCAGGGGUCGCUCCCCUGUGUGUCGGUACCUUGUCGUCGGCCAGAAGGUCGACAACAAGGGGGUGAUGAUCUUGUGUUGCACAUUUUGCAACGAAGUCUUCCAAGGGACUCUGUACAAGAUCACGAGGCACUUCGUGCAGACUAACUACUGCAAGGAUGUCAGCGACGAGGCAUUGUACGAAAUCGCGAGACGGACCGAACAAAAGUUUGAGUCUGAUCAGAUGGAGAGGGUUGGUCGGUACCCAGCGGAGCGUGGACUUGAUGUGCCCCAGGCCGGUGGUGCAAGGGAAGGAGAGGCUGAGCAGCAUUCGGUGGAGGGAGGGGGCGGAGGAGAUGGUGGGCAGGGUGUGAUUGACCGCCCAUUUGGGGGUGGAGGCGGUGACAUGGAGGAGGACGCGACCCACAUCGAUCAUGAGGCCCGUUGCCCGGGGGAGGAGGGAUUCUUGAGACACGAGGACAUGCCUGUGUUUGAUCCAGCGGUGGAGACCCACCGCGCGGAGUUGGCAGAGGAAUUAGAGGAGGUGAGGCAGCCAUUCUGGGUGAUCGGUGCCACCAUCCUCUCAAACGGGAGAAAAUCACAAGACGAGAGAUCGAUCGUUAAUUUCCUUGCCGCAGGCUCGCGAGGGGUCAUCAUGUACAUGACGAUCAAUCGAGAGGGGGAGCCGGAUGAUGUAGAUCACGUCCUUCGGAGAUGGGUCACCAUCUUCCACGAGUUCAGGUUCGAUGGGCCGCAGUGUGUCAAUGCGAUAUGCACUGACUCCGCUUCAGCGGACGAUGACUCGGAUGAGGAGCGAGCACCCAAGGCAGCAGAUUACCCUAUGCUCCCCAUUCCCCGCGAGAUGGACGAAACGCACGACGAUGCCGACGACGUGGAGACGAGGACAUACACCGCACGACGGAUGGCGGACCGGGCGGAGCGGGAGAUGAUGGGGGGAGACGAGGAUUGUUGGGGCCCUUUCGGGGAUGUGGCUUCCAUGGGUGAUUCGGCCACGGCAGCGGUGGAGACGGAGGAGUUGGCAUCCUCCUUGCCUCAACACGGACUUCUGCAGAGAUCUGCGGUGGUUCGCCAACUGAGAUUACGAUCACCUUCCCCAGGGGUCUUGCAAGAGGAGGGUAGCCACCGUGCCACCCCUCCGGAUAGGGGAGGGCCUGCUCAAGCGGAGGAGGAGGUCGCAGCAGCGGCAGCAGUGGAGGGGGAGGUAGCAGCAGCAGCAGCGAAGGAGGAACCAUCACCAGCGGAGGAGGAGAAGGAACCAUCAGCAGCAGCAGCAGUGGAGGGGGAGGUAGCAGCAGCAGCAGCAGCGGCGGAGGAGGAGGUAGCAGCAGCGGCGGAGGUGCCGGAUGUUGCCAUGGAGCAUGAUGGUGUGGAUGCCACUGAGGGCGGUGAGGACGCCAAGGACCGCCUCAUGCAGGAGUUUGUCACGGAGGAGCUCGAUCCGCUCGUGGGGGGUUUCGGUGUGGCGAGGGGUUUGGGGAUGUCUCCUCCCACAGGGUGGCCCGAUUUAGAGAUGGGGACCCACUUCGACUUUGGCAUGUUGAUGGGCGGUCCCCCUAGUUGCCGCGGGGCGGCAUCAACGGAUCGGGCACCGUUGAGGGACGAAGUGGCAGGCGAGAUGAGGACGCAGACCCCGAGAGGGAGGACAGCCACGCAGACGACCGCAGCAAGGGAGGUUGCAGCAGCAGGUUGUGAGCCUCAGCAAGGUCGCGGUGGAGGAGUGUCCACCUCAACCUUGGACCACGCUUUGAGAGGAGCGACACGUGUUGUGCAUGAGCAGACUCAACACAAGCGUGGAGUGCCUCGUCCACGGCCCGUGCCUGCAGAGGGAGGAGUUGCACUUGGAGAGUCUUCAGGGGCGGAGGGGUUGGGGAUGCCUCGUGGAUCCUGCCGUCAGGAGAUGGUUGCACUUGCUAGUACGAGGGUUGUUCGGUUGAGGAAGGGAGGCAGCCCUGUCACCAUCGAGGAAGGUGAUCUUGAGAUGUCACCGGCAGUGCGGGAGGAGGACGAGGAGUAUGAGGGUGAGGAGGAGAGUGAGGCAGAGGAGAGUGAGAGAGGCAACAACGACGACGACCCCCACCGACGCGUGCUUCGAGACGCUUCGCUGCGCAGCCGUCUUCAUCCGCACGAGGGAAGGGAAGGUCGACAUUCGACACUCGAGGGGGUACGAGGAGGCGGAGCGGGAAGGAUUGUUGUCGAUGGACGGCAGCUGGAGCUCGACUGCUGAGGCCCAUUUAUCCCAGGAUGUUUUUACAUCCUGGGUAUGAGCAGAUUCCAGCAGGACGAACUCUGAAAGAUUCCGCG